CGCCGACCUCCUGUGCGUGGCCACUGCAAUUGACCCCUGGACGCUUCACGAUAUAUCAUACUCUCCGAACUGUGGACGUCUCACAGUCCGAAAUGACCACUCUUAGACACGAGUUCUAUGAGACAGAUGAGAAGCUCACUCUCUCUGUCUUUGACAAGGGCGCAGAUCCCGCAAAUGUGCAAGUGACGUUUGGCCAUCGUAGUGUCACAUACGAGAACGGCGACAAGAAGCUCCAUCUGGAGCCCCUGAAGGGGCAGAUCGACACAGAGAAGAGUGACUACACGGUGGGCAAGUUCAAGGUCGAAAUUCGCCUGGUGAAAGUAGUACCUGGGCGCUGGGGUGCGCUCGUCGGUGAUAGCCCGGAUCCCCUCGCCUUCCCAACAGGGAAUGUUAGUCCUCCUAGAACUGAGCAACCACACAAACCACGCAAGAACUGGGACGCGGUCACUGCCGAAAUUCUCUCGUCCGAGAAGAGCCCCUCGUCGUCGGACGACCCCAACGCGGGCGGCGAUGCCGCCGUCAACGACUUCUUCCAGAAGCUGUAUGCGGACGCGGAUGAAGACACUCGGCGCGCUAUGCUGAAAAGCUACCAGGAGAGCGGCGGAACCACCUUGAGCACAAAUUGGGAAGAGGUCCAGAAGUCAAAGGUGGAAGUUAAGCCGCCUGAGGGCAGCGAGUGGAAGAAGUGGGGCGUAUAACGUUCCUUCCGCUUGUCAAUUCGGUUCAAGUUCUUAUGUGCUUAGUUGUUUUGGUAAUGCGCAAAUCGGUCGAUCUACAUGGUUCAGUGCUGUCGCGCAUGCUGUCUUGAAUGCAAAUCUGUUUUCCUCCUUGUCACUCGC